AUGGACUGCGGAUCCGACGCAGGCGAGAGACCGCAGCGCCUGCUCUGCCACCGGCGACUUCUGUUCUUCCUCCCCGCGAGCCAGUGCGGGGGUCCAGGUGGCCACUGCGCCUCGGGGCGCGGCUUCUCGGCGAUCGCCGGCGGUCUGGGGGCGCUGCAGCCCCGCGCCCCGGCUGUCCGCGGCGGCGGGUCACGUGCCUCCCCGCUGCUCCUCCUCCUUCUCGUCCCCUCCCCGCGCCUGACAGCCGCGCCGCGCCGCUCGCUGCAGGAAUGGGAGCGCUCGCGCCCCCGGCCGCCCCUGGCUCGGCCCAGCGAUGCACGGAAAGGGCCCCCGGGCGCCGCGUGUUUCCCCGGCGCGGGGCAGCUGUGCCACGCCCCGGCCGCAGCCCUCGGGUCCUCGAGAGAGCUCAGCCUCUCUGCCGGAUGCCUGCAGCUGGAGCACAGGAGGAGAGAUUUCACCUCUUCAGGGAAGAGGAAGUUCUUCUUUGACACCCACGCCUUAGUGCGCUCAUUGGAGGAAAAUGGGUUCACUACUCAGCAAGCAGAGAUCAUUGUGUCUGUGCUGGUCAAGAUCACGGAGGCCAACUUGGAUGUUGUCUACAAAGACAUGGUCAAUAAAGUGCAGCAGGAGAUCACUCUUCAGCAAAUCAUGUCUCAGAUUGCUAAUGUGAAAAAGGAUAUGGUUAUUCUGGAGAAGAGUGAGUUUUCAGCCCUGAGAGCAGAAAACGAGAAAAUAAAACUUGAACUGCUUCAGUUAAAACUACAAGUAAUGGAUGAAGUGAUCAAAGUCCGCACAGAUACCAAAUUAGACUUCAACCUAGAAAAGAGCAGAGUGAAAGAAUUGUAUUCAUUGAGUGAAAAGAAGCUGAUGGAAAUGAGGACAGAAGUAGUGGCACUGCAUGCCCAGCAAGAUCGGGCUCUUACCCAGACCGACAGGAAGAUUGACACCGAGGUGGCCGGCCUCAAAACUAUGCUUGAAUCCCACAAGCUUGAUAAUAUUAAAUAUUUAGCAGGGUCAGUAUUUACCUGCCUAACAGUAGCAUUGGGAUUUUACCGCCUGUGGAUAUGAUAAAAUGUCUA